AUGGUGCACUCGGGUUUCCUCAAUGCAUACGACUCAGUAAAGGUGAAGGUCUUCACGCUUGUCGACCAGAUCACAGAGAGUGCCACCCCCUCCAAGCCCUGGCGCGUGCGCAUCACCGGCCACUCCCUGGGGGGCGCCAUCGCCACGCUGUGUGCCUACGACCUCUCGGCGCGCCCCCCCAAGACCGGCGCGGGCAGCCUGGAGGUGUCCAUGUACACCUUUGGCGCCCCCCGCGUCGGCAACAAGGCCUUUGCCAAGGUGUUUGACGAGAGGCUGCACAACCGCGCGUGGCGAAUCACCAACGCCAGCGACAUCGUGCCCAGCGUGCCGCGGCUGAUGGGCUACUCGCACGCCCUGCCCAGGCUCGUGUGA